UGGUGGUCUUUUUGCUUUUUCCUGCUUGCGUCUGUAUCUGCUGUUCAGUAAUCGGUCUCCGGGGUUUAAUAGCUGCUGUAUGAGGAGACAUUUUUAAUUCUUUUUCUUUGCAGGCCGUGAUUGCCUCUUGCAAGCAUUAAUCUGCAUGUUUCUCAUUAAAUGUGAUGCAGAUGAAGGAGGCUCAGGUGUGCUGGGGCUGUAGGUGAGAUCCUUCAGCUGCUUCCAGCUCGCUAACAUUAACAGCAUGUUUCCCAUGAUGCUGUCUGACAGUAACAAUUAUCACAGUGCUCUCUGCACAGUGACAGCCCUCGCUCUGCUUCUCUCUCUCUUUGUUGAAUGCUCGCUCACCCAGUGUGCAGCCAACCAGCUCUGAAUAAUGACAGGCGGGGGAGGGGCUCCCUCUCUCCCCCUCUCCCGCUCAGCGGUACAGUCCAGAGGACGGACGGACGCUCACUUCUUCUUCCUGCAUUCGUCUCUGCGUUGUGUUCCCUCGUCUCUGUUUCUUCUCCUUCCUCCUUUGUUGGGACUUCAUCCUCAUCACCUCCUCCUCCUGCUUGUGCUCCUCCUCGGAGCUCCUGCUGUGGGACGGUGGAGUCCGACAGACGGACACACUGAAGGAAAGUUGUUUGCAUCUCUCUGAUUGGCUGAUUGGCUCAAACGCAGCAGGCGGACUCAAACUUGACAUCCCACUCAUGAAUUCUUUCCAUCGUAACCAUAGCGACUGGCAUCCUUGGCGGCAGCGGCGGUCUCCUCAUCAUGCUUUGAGACUUUAGAACUCUUUGUAUAAUUAUAAGGUUUGUUACCGCGGUGAUCGGGAUGCAGGUGUCCAUAGCAUGUAACAUGGGAGGAGGUGGGGGCGGCGGAGGGGCCAGCGAGCACCAGCUGAAGGAGCGAAGGGCAGCGGCGAACACUAGCAGCGCCCCCAUCUGCCAGGUAAAGGUCAAGGCCGAGCCUUUGGAGCGGAGCACCCUGCUAGGGCACGCCCACAUGAAGGAGGCCCUCGGGCGUUAUAGCAACAUGAAGUACAGGAAUCUUGGGAAAUCUGGGCUGAGAGUGUCCUGCUUAGGACUGGGAACAUGGGUGACAUUUGGCUCUCAGAUCUCUGACGAGAUGGCAGAGAGUGUGAUGACGGUGGCGUACGACAGCGGAGUGAAUUUGUUCGACACAGCGGAGGUUUACGCCUCGGGGAGGGCGGAGACGACACUGGGAAACAUCCUGAAGAAGAAAGGAUGGAGGAGGUCCAGUUAUGUGGUGACCACUAAGAUCUACUGGGGCGGACAGGCAGAGACGGAGCGAGGGUUGUCACGGAAACACAUCAUUGAAGGUCUGCGUGGCUCGCUCUCCAGGUUACAGCUGGACUAUGUGGACAUCGUUUUCGCCAACAGGACGGACGUGAAUGCGCCGAUGGAGGAGAUCGUUCGAGCCAUGACCUUCGUCAUCGAGCAGGGCAUGGCCAUGUACUGGGGGACGUCCCGCUGGAACGUGGUGGAGAUCAUGGAGGCGUACUCCAUCGCACGGCAGUUUAACCUGAUCCCUCCGGUGUGCGAGCAGGCUGAGUAUCACUACUUCCAGAGAGACAAAGUAGAGCUGCACCUGCCCGAACUCUACCACAAGAUCGGUGUCGGAGCCAUGACCUGGUCCCCGUUAGCUUGCGGCCUACUGACGGGCAAAUACAACGAGGGCGUCCCCGAGAGCUCCAGAGCCGCCAUGAAGGGCUAUGCUUGGCUGAAGGAGCGCCUCUGCAGUGAUGAGGGGAAGAAGCAGCUCAGUAAAAUCAAAGAGCUCCACCUGCUGGCUGACAGGCUGAACUGCACGGCUGCUCAACUGGCCAUUGCAUGGUGUCUCCGCAGUGAAGGCGUCAGCUCGGUGCUGCUCGGCGUCUCCAACACAGAACAGCUGCUUGAGAACCUCGGCUCUGUCAGGGUACUGUCUCAGCUGACUCCGCCCCUCAUUGCCGAGAUGGACGCGUUGCUGGGCAACAAGCCAAGAAAUGUGAAGAAGGAGGCAAGAAGAUGAAGAUGAGGAAGAGUUCAGACUGUAGAUAAUCCGAAAUAUUUAUUCUUGUAUUAAUCUUCACAUCUUCAUUAAUACAGUAAAAUAUUCUGAUGGAUAAAAUGUGACAUGAAAACAGUUAAAAACAGAGAAAAAUAACAAGAAUAAUUGAAGCUGGUAUCAAAAGAAACUUUUAUUUUGAAAGUAAAACCAUUAAAAUAUAAAUAUGUUUGUUUCUUAGUUAAUAAUGUAGGGAUUUAUGGAAGUUCAUUAAUGACAAGAAAGUAAACAAUCUUUGUGAGGAACUGCAGAAAUAAAAAUCUAGAUUUUCUGAAACUGUGAAACACAUUAAAUAUGUAUAACAAUAAAAAUGGGUAUCCGUACAAACAGAAGCACAAACUUUUUUCUAGUUAGGAAAUAAUAAUUUGGUUUUAUUUUGUAAACAAUCACAAACAUCACAUGAAUGUAGAGCUUUAUUUUUAUAUAUUAUUAUAAUUUUUAUCAUCACAUAUUAAACCUCGCUGUGAAUUACAUCCUUGUGUUUUACGAUAUUAGGAAAUUUAUGAAAUAAUGGCACAAAUAAACUAGAUUUAAACUAAACCAAAUUUAAAAUUAGAAUAAAAAACAAACAAUCAUGCUUCAAACUUCUCACUCGAAUAUAAAUAUAUACAAUAAAAGUAUUUUUAUUCAAUCCAGAGUUUUUCUUUUAGGCUUUGUUUUUUGGCUUCCACAGGCUUCCGUAUAUUCAAUAAGCACGGUUCGUAUUUCAAAAUAAAAGCCCGCUCCUGAGUCCUCUGUACUGAAAAUAUAUUUAUGAGUAUAUUUACUGUGAAAUUGGAAAUUUGUAUUUUAUGAAUGUAGCUGCUGCUCCCUCCUGUGUGUGUUUAGAUAGAGAAGACAUUUAACUCAGUGGUGCUCAACCUGAGGGGACGGGACCUCUCAGGAUUCAGGACCUCCUCACAUCUGGAACAUCUUGAAGGAAAUGAGUAUACUUUCCAUCCCAAUUAAAGUGAACACAGUAAGAUUAAUGUGACUCAGUGGAGGUUACAACAUGAACACAGUUUAGGUCAACAAAACACCAACAGGUGAGCUUCAACCACGUACCUGACAAGUGUUUGGACUCAGUUCUCCUGACAGGUGGAUGUGAAGCUGUGUGAAUCAAGCUGUAAAAAUCAGAAACACCACCUGUGCACCGGCUUCAGUGUGGCUGAUGAUUGAGGAUCUCUCAGUGGAAGUCCCUUCAUGUUCCUCAGUGUCCUGUGAAGCUGCUGGAACUUGGUUUUCAUUCAUGUGGCGUGGAUAAAGAUGCAGGGAGGUAAAUCUGCUGAAUCUGGAGGGUGGAGACUGUUUCCUGUGUCACUGAAGGUGCCCCGUCUGAUGCUGGGAGUAGAGCUCAUGUUGCAGAGCCAUCAGUGCUUGCUGGCAGGAGGACAGAUCAGCUCCAUCAGCUGACACAACAAAUUCAAGUCAGUUUGAAGCAGACGUUGAUGUUUGCUGUCAGUCUGAGGUCAGAGGUCAGACGCGGGUUCUAGACAGAUCUGAAAAUAUCAGCUGGGGUGAAAAUGAUCCAGAGGUGCUCGAGAAGAAGAUCGAGAAGAUUUAACCAGGUGUUUAUGUCCUGCUGAUCAGGCUCAGAGUUAAAGUCAGUAACAGAGACAAGCUGCUGUAAAUAUGUAAAGAUAAAAUCAACGAUAAAGCUCAUCCUUGGUGUUUAUUACCCAGAGUUUAUGAUCAGAGUUGAUCUUUUAAACACUGAAACAAUCAGUAUUAAUUUUCACUGGAUAAUUCAACUCUGCUGGAGCUUUUUGACCCAAGCUAAGUUUAUUAUUUCAGUUUCACUCUGAUCAGAAAAAUCCAAAUUAUGCUGUUCUUCAAUGAGAAUAAAAAAAGAAUAAAAAUGACCCUUUGAAAUAAAUACUGUGAGUAAAUACACAACAUUUAUGUUAAAAAUAUGAAAUAAUGUGUAAAAUAAACACUGUGAUUCAUUA